AUGGCGAAACGGUUAAAUCUACAGGAAGAAGAAGAAGAAGAGAAGGAGAAUUUUCCUCUUAUUACAACAAAAGUAGUUGAAUACUUACAGCCAGUAAUGUGUCGAGAGCUUCUCGGUAAAUUUCCAGAUAACUCUGCUUUCGGAUUCGACUACACACAGAGCUCUCUCUGGUCUCCUCUCUUGCCUCGAAACUACUCUACUCCUUCAGAUCUAGACUUUGAUUCCGACAGUUGCGUUUGUCGGAACCUUGAGCUCGGAGAGUUUCAAGAACGCAAGAAGAAGAUGAAUAUGAAGAUCUCAAUGAAAAAGAAGAAGAAGAAGAAGAGUAAGUUAGUGAAAUUAGACAUGAAGAAUGAAGAUUCAACUAAAAUUGGCUGCUUCGCUAUUCCCACCAAGGGGUGGGAUGGUUUGCUAAAAGCAGCUUCGAAACACUUCAAGAAAUCUAGAAAGAAGAGAGAUUCAGUCGCUGAUGUCAAGCUUCUCACCUUCUGCAAAUGCUGA